GGCAGGCAGACAGACAGACAGACAGACAGACAGAUGAAGCUGAACAUGUGUUCUGUAUUCCUGCUUCUGAUUGGCUGCGUCUGUCUGCAGAGAGUCGGCUGCCGUCUGCCAGACUUCACUCCUGCUUCUGAUUGGCUGCAGGUAGGACAGGUGCAUGCUGGGAGGACAGGUGCAUGCUGGGAGCUCAGGUGCACGCUGGGAGGACAGGUGCAUGCUGGGAGCACAGGUGUAUGCUGGGAGCACAGGUUGAAGUUUCUGAGUCACAUGACUUCACGUCUCUGCAGAAGAAGAACGAGUCACAUGACUUCACGUCUCUGCAGAAGAAGGAGUCACAUGACUUCACGUCUCUGCAGAAGAAGAACAAGUCACAUGACUUCACGUCUCUGCAGAAGAAGAACCGACUCCGGCGUCUUCCUGGACUGUGUCGACGGCUGAGGAGACGCAGAGUCACCGUCCUGUGUAACAGGGAGAAGUUCUGUUGGCCGACUCAGACUCAGAAGACUCGUCCCGUCCAGGUGUGUCUCUGUCCCCGGGGCUCCAGGUGUUCACAUUUCUUCGUCCACAGUCUCUGAAACGACCAUUUCAUCAGAAACACAACGGCACAAAUAAUGUGUAUAUGUGUAUAUAUAUAUAUAUAACUUUAUUUAAUAGUUUAGCGUAUAUAGAGCCAGCAUAUCUCCACCAGACUCC